AUGACCACCGCUGAGCUAAGUCCAUUACCAUCUCGCUCCGUCUUUCUCGGUGUGGACGUUGGCAAUGGAAGCGCCCGAGCCGGUGAUCCUUCUUUCCUUUAUCGCCUAGACGCCUACUUUGAAAAUAUGUGUGUAUGUAAAUGGACGUAUCUUAGUCAUGCACAUAUGAACCAGAUGACUGAGAAAGCUUCUCGUGAUAUGGAAGCAUGUGGCUGGGAUGAUGAGUUCUGGGAAGAGAUUGGCUUAGGCGAUCUUGUUGAUGGCCACCAUGCUAAGAGCCUAAGAUCGGUAUGCAUUUUGUUGUUGUUGUUGUUGUUAGAGAUGCUCUAA